UGCCAAUAGAACUGGGUGCUACCCACAGCGAGCGGGGGUUCAAUAUUCAAUGUGGGUCAUCCAUAUCCUAAAAAACACCCUUAUUCUCAUCUCUUGUUCUCGUUUUCGUACAUUACAGAUACCUAUUCGACUAUAAUGGCUGAUACUGAAGAAAAGAAAAUUGUCCAAGAAGAAAAGGAAGAAGUUGAACAAUCUCCCGAUGUUCAUUUUGAACCUGUUAUUCAAUUGAGUGAAGUAGAAGUCAAGACAAUGGAAGAAGAAGAAGAAGUUUUAUUCAAAAUGCGCGCAAAGUUAUUCCGUUACGAUAAACAAUUGAAAGAAUGGAAGGAACGAGGAACUGGUGAUGUCAAGUUUUUACAACACAAGGAAUCCAAAAAGGUGCGUUUAGUGAUGCGACGUGAUAAAACUUUGAAGGUAUGUGCCAACCAUUACGUGAACAAAGAUAUGAAAUUAUCUCCCAAUGUUGGAUCUGACCGUUCCUGGGUGUGGAAUGUUGCUGCUGAUGUUUCUGAUGGUGAAGCCAAACCUGAAACUUUAGCCAUUCGUUUCGCCAACUCUGAAAACGCCAAUUUAUUCAAGGAAAAAUUCGAAGAAUGCCAAAAGAUCAACGAAGCACUCAAGAAGACUGAUACCGAACCUAAGAAGGACGAAGCUGAAAAGAAGGAUGAAGAAAAGAAGGAUUAAUUUUAUCUCUUUAGUUUAGUUUCACCUUUUUCUCACCCCCCUCAUCUAUCAACUUUUUUUUUUCUCUUAUCUUUUUAUUGUUAGUGAUAGGUAGUGUUCAUAGCUUUUUAGUAUAUUAAAAUAAUAAAAGAAUAGUACAAUC